UCUCUUCUUCUUGCUAGUCUCUCUCUCUUUUUCUUUUCUUUUUCUUUUUUUGCCAAAAAAUAGUACUAUGUAGUUAAAUCUACAUAUAGCUGAUUUAUUCCUCUCUUUUUUCUAGCUUUCUGCAAUUUCUGGUUCAUGAUGUACAGUAAAGCUCUUGUUUGUUUUCAAGAAUUUGUUUGAGGAUUUCAAAGAAAGGUGUUAUUAAUUGGUUUAAAGUGCAUAUCUAUAUAUGACCAUGAUAUUUACCAAAGGGAGUGAAGGAGUUGUCCAAAAUCCCUAUGCAACUUCAUUGUCCAGUACUGCACCUUGGUGGGACACUACUGAAUUCAAUAUUUCCUCUGACUCUCAAUCAUGUGAUUCCAAAUUUUCAGAAAAAGGCAGAAAAGCUUUCAAAUGCUGUUUCUAUGCAACCAUAUAAUAUGGACUAUCAAGGACACUUUGAGCUAGGAUUUGCCCAGCCCCUGAUUUUGAAGGGCCGGAUUCUGCUACCAUUGAAUUUGACCUCUGAUGAAGGUCCAAUAUUUGUCAAUGCCAAGCAGUAUCAUGGUAUACUUAAGCGUCGAAAGUUUCGUGCAAAGGAAAUGGAGAAUAAAUUACUUAAACCGCGCAAGCCGUUCUUGCACCUCUCACGCCAUCUCCAUGCCAUGCGUCGACCUAGGGGAGGUGGUGGCCGCUUCUUGAACACGAGGAAGACGAACGGAAGCAGCAGAUAAGUGGGGUUCUGCAGCAGCAGAUAGCUUCUGCAACCUUAAAAUUUGAUAACUUCUCGUCCUUACUACAACCAAAUGGAGGUCUCUGACCGCGAUUUGGUUGAUAGAAUAGGCAGAUCAUCCUUGGCUUAUCCGCAUUAAGGUGUUGCCUCUAUCAUUCCAUUGCUCACAAGCUACGUGGAUGUUACGAGGUGCUAAAUCCUUAGUGCACUUUAAUUAUAGAAAUAGUAAGACAUGUAUCCUAAAGUUAACUAAGUUCAUGAAGGUCCAAAUUAUCGGGUUUGUGAUGAUGUGUAUGUGUUGGUUUGUAAAAAUUAAGAGUUGAAGUAAGAUUUGGUAUUUGGUGUGUUUGAGACUGGACUUGUACUUAGAUGGAAGUGAAGUAUUUAUGAUAUAAUAUUUUGGACAUAAGUUUGUAAUAUAUAUGCAAUGUAAUUCACUACUUCUAUAUCAUUUC